UCAAUUUAUGCAUACCAAGAUCAUCGAUGAUAUAUUGUUUUGAAGGAAACUCUGGGUAACGCUUUUUUAUCUUAUGACUUCCGCAUGUUUCAUCAAGUCUGUCCUAGUUUUUUUAAAUCUUUGGCUCAUUCAUAAAGAACUGUAUAAGAACUGUAUUAUAUCGUUUUAUCGAUUAUUUUUGUCAACAUUGCGUCUUCAUUGAUCAUUGUGAAUCUUUUAGGUUUAACGCAUUAGUUGAUUUUGAAAUGUUUAUCAAUGAACUUCCAGACGAUUGUUUGCUCAUCAUUUUUGAUUCAUUGAAUGAAUUGGGUGAUUUAUUAAACUGCUACGAGGUUUGCAGCAAGUGGCGCUAUUUAAUUGCAGAGCGAACUCGCAAAGUUAAAUAUUUUGUUGAACAUCGAGAUGACUGGAGUGGUGAAACAUUUCCAAGUCAUCUUAUUGAUCAUGUUUAUUAUGGAUCACGGGAACCAAUUGAUGCCACUUGUUUCAGCACAUUGUUUCCUAAUUUGACGAUUGCUGAUUUUCGCAACAUUCGUGGAAAAGUAAACUAUGAAGAUCUUGUUGGGAUUAUCCAAAAGAUGAAAUCUUUAAAAGGAUUAACUCUUACAUAUUUUAAAGACAACGGUUACAUCUUUAGAGACGUUGAAUCAGCUUUCAAGUAUUGUGGUGAACUCGAAAUGGUAGGCGCGUGUUCUAUUGAACCAUGGAUACUUAAGAAUGGUCCCAAUAUUAAACAAUUAUGCAUUAUGAGCUAUGAUUCGUAUGUUUUCGUGAGGGAUGGGCAUAAUUUUCCAAAUCUGGAAAGAAUACACAUUGGUCAUGAAUCAGGUGAUGAUGGUUACCCUAUAGAGGAGAUAGAGCACCACCAAUACAAAGGUCUCAUAUUCAGAAGACUUAAGAUACUUGAAUUGUAUCUAGAAUCUUAUUAUGGUUUCCAGUUCAUAGAUUCAUGUCCAAAUUUACAAAGCGCAUAUAUUCAAUUGAUGACGCCGAACUUUUUUGUCGAUGAAUCAAUAAAACAUGAAUCUUUGCAAGAUUUAGUUAUAAGUUGUGGUUUUGAUGAUAUUGAUUUUUAUGGUAAUGCUAUGUUAGACUGGAAUGACUUGAAAAGAUUGUUCAUGAAAUAUCCAAACCUCAAACAUCUUGCACUGUGCAACAAAUUGAGCCUGAAAAAUGAGCAUGUGGAGCAAUUGGUUCGAAUUUUCCCCAAUUUGGUGUUACUUGAUGUUCGUGGUUAUUCAGAUGUCACUCAGGAGGCUUCUGUUUAUGUUGAAGAUUAUAGCAAACUACAUGGACGAUCAAUCGCUUUUAAUCGCAACGACUCUCAUUGGCCUCCGUUUAAAUCUAAGUGGGAACCAGUCGUUCAUGGUUUUGAUUUCAUGAAACAUUGUUUUUACAAAGCUUUUCAAAAGCUUCCUACUUUCUUAGUCUCUAGUGAUUACUAAAUGGUUUGGUUUAUUCAAAAUUUUGUCCGAUUAUUUGAUUUCGGAGAUGAGCUCUUAAUUUUUUAUUACAAAUUUGAAUUGAUCUGUCAUUGAUUGUCAGUCUAAUUACUAUCGCUAUUACUAUUACUAUAUUUUUUUGUCAUCGCUCACUACCUUGGAAAGUGCAACCGUGAAAUGAAUUGGUUGUAGCUCGUAGAAAUCGUUUAAAGAGUUGUUUAAUUUCGAAUAAACGAUUCGAGUCAGCCCGAUCUUGACUUAUCCAUUUUUUCAACAUAUACUCUUCUGUCAAUUCAAUCUGACCUCAAUGGGGCUGUAUUUGCUGUUCGUGUUUGUCUGGGGGUCACUCAAAAGGCUGUCCAUUGUGUCCAAGGUUUUGAUUUCAUGAAACAUUGUUUUCUCAAAGAUUUUAUGCACCUUCCUACUUUCUUAAUCUCUAAUGAUGACUAAUAAAUAACCAAAU